CUUAUGAUUGUUAGGUUUACAAACUAAUUGGUUAGGAACUACUGAGGUUACACUUCAUGGAAACUCAGUAUGACGUUACAGUUACAUAUUUACGGACUUCGUAUAUUGAUUUGUUUAACAACAAUCAAUAUAACAAUACUUCCGGCAUUGGUCAUGUACUGGCGUACACGCAGGGCAGUCCAAGUUGAACCGACCUUCUGUUACUCUGAAUAUGAUUUGAGCUUAGCUGACGGCAAUCCUGAUUUGCUGAAACAGCUUAUUGUACUGAAUGACAAGAACACAGAUCGAAACAAACAUUGCGGCAAAUUUAGUGACGUACUUAACAAAUUCGUAAAACAGAUAACUGCCAAUAAAUACAAUAGUGAUGCAUUUCCAGAAUACAUUCCUCUCAAUCUUGAAAAGUGUAACUGUAGCAAAACUCGCAGAGAAGACGAUAAGAUACAUCUCAAACAAGUUGAAUCGUAUGCAAAGCCUGCUCGAGGGCAGACAACAAAGGUAUUUUGGGAGUUAACUUCAAACUCAGGAAAUAUAGUUAAACAUGUACAUGAAGACGGUUCAAUUUAUAUACAGAAGUCGGGCAAGUAUUACAUAUUAUCCCAGCUUACAAUAAGAGUUGAAAAUAGCACCAUGCCUUUUGACCAGAAUGACCAAACAGUUAGACAUGUUGUACACAUGAUUUCAUUCAAAGAAGGCACCGAGAAAAUUCUGCUUGAACACGUCAGAUCUAUGUGUGAAAUGGCCAAUGAACAUGCAGAAUUGACAAGUAAUGUGGGAGCAAUCUUUCACCUUGAGAAAAAUGAUCGAAUUUAUGUGAAAACAUCACAUCCAUACAAUCUUGUCUCUGGUUCGGGAAGUAAUCAUUUCAGUAUCCACAAGGUAUAGAAUAAGAGACUGUUUUCUAUAGUGAGACAAUCGUGACUGCUUUCUACUGUGAGGCAAUCGUGACUGUUUUCUGCUGUGAUGCAAUCGUGUCUUAGAGUUCAUUAUAACCGUUUUUAUAGCAUAAAUGAAGGGUUCCCCUGAUGUCUAUAAAACUAGAAUUUCUCACAUUUUACGUGUGAUUCAGAAACAUCGUGUAUCACAGUGUACAAUAUUAAAUAAGUAUUAUGUAUCUGUGUGGCGGCAGUAUGUGUAUUCAAGGGAAAACUUUUACAAAAACGACAAUACACUACAAAGUCCACACGACUUAUAUACAUCAGCAGUCUUGUGGAGAAUGGUUUCUAUAUAUUGGGAGAGAAACCUUGUUUUCGAGACAUAUUGUUAAAGAACAGACUUGUAAGCAUUGGAAAUAAAUGGGCCAGAAAUGGACGUUACUAUUUAUAGAAAUUUAUCUGAAUACUUUAAGUCAAAACAUAAGGAAAACAGACACAUUGAUAUAUUUGAUAUACUCUGUAUGAAUGAUUGUAGUUCUGGCAAAAAUUCACUUCUUACUGAAAUGGGAUUUGAAUACAGGAUUUUGUAUUUGUUUGUUUAAAAAUUGUGAAGUUGUAUUUUAGGCAGAAAUUCAUGGAUGUACAAUGAAUAAGGCUUAUGUGUCUUUUUUGGUGUUUUUCAUUCUUUCAGAUGUAUUAAAAGUUAUUCUUCUGAUUCAUUUUUUCUCGACAAAGUUUCGGUUACGGGCUGUGUCUAUGUUUGAAGGCUCCCUCAGUUUCAGUUCUAAACUUUUAUUUGUAUCUCCAAAUUAUAUACUGAACUAAUUAGCGUAUCCAUCUAAUGACAAGCGUCAUGAAACAGACGGAUGCAAAGCUUCACGACGAAGCAGAUCGGUGGCAAGACUCACGAAGAAGAAUGACGGCAAGAUCCACGAAUCAGAAUAAUGACAAGCUUAACGAAGCAGACUGAUUGCAAGCUUCACGAAGACGACUAAACCAACUUCACGACACAGACUAAUGGCAAGCUUCGUGAAGCAAACAAAUGACAAGCUUCACAAAAUAGACCAUCGGCAAGCUCCUCGAAGCAGACUUAUUGCAAGCUUCAUAAAACAGAUAAAUGAAAAGCUUCACGAAGCACACUGUUGACUGUUAUUAUUAUUGAAGGAUCAACAUAAAAAGUGACAAGUUUUAUAAAUUUGCGAUGACAGAUACAUAUACAUAGUAACAUGUAAUUAUUCCGCUUUUUUGAUGACUUUACAACGAACGUAAUAGGUAACGUGGUUAUAACAGUACAAACAGUUGUAUUUAUUGCAAGUCUUCAAUUCAAACGUAUUUUUAAUAAUUUAAUUACUAGUAUUAGAUUGAUAAAACUAAAUGACCUGACUUAUUAUAAAUUGAGAUCCAUUGAUACUGUCUUCUAUUCUGAAGAUAAUAUAACGUUACCGUUACCAAUGAAUGUUCUAUGACGUGAAACGUGAUAUUUUAUGAUGACGCCAUUGUUACGUUAAGCAGAUACAUCUAACAUGUACAUUAUAUUUUUAUAACUAUACCAUAACGAUAUGUAGCAAACAAAUCAAAUUUCAACUAAUAUAGACUUAUGCUGAACUCUUGAUAGCACAGUACCUCGAUUUUGUAACAAUUUCAGCUUUAUACAUCAUUUUUCAAUCUAAACCGUUACGACAAAAUCAACUCCAAAAUAUUUGGUCCAGCUUAGAGAAGAAAAGUCAGAGAAAGAUAACUUUUCUAUGACUAUUUUGCUUCAUACGAACGAAAAUAUUAAUUAUAUUAACCGUCUAUGGCUCUUGUACAAUAUAUUGUCUUUUACCUUAACUCAAGCAUAAAACUCAACAAAUCAAAAUAAAAAUAGACUGGCUGACCACGAGAGGACAUGAAACGAGCUGUUACUUCGUUUUGAGAAGUAAAUAUUUAUAACUUUCUCCUGACUUGUAAUUCAAUUUUAAUAAUAAAAAGUUUGGUUUUUUUUCAGUUUAUAAUUGUUUUGUUUCAUUUCAUUUUCUGUUUUGUAGAAAGAAUGUUGGUUAAAAUUACAAAUACUAGAAAAUAUUUGUAAAGGUGCGAAUACUUCAUUUUGUUUGUGUCGAAAUAGACAUCAUUGUAAUCAUUGAUAACGAAUAUUGUUAUCAAUUUUUUGUUUUUAUUAUUCUUUAAAUAAAAUCUAUUUAAGGGUUUUUCUCAGAGAAAUAAUCCUCAGAUUUAGAUAUCUGAAUAGCUUAUACAAAAACAUGUAGAGGAUGUUUCUUUCAGUGUUAGAUCUCGUCGACAUCUCGUUAGAUCGAGCGAAUACUAGUUGAAAUAUUUUAAACAGGAGCUAUCGUGUAUUAUAAUUGAUUCACAAGUGAUAUGUAUGUUUUUGUUAAAUAUAGAGCUGCUUUGUUUCAAAACAUGUUUGUAAUGAAAUUCAUGUCCAUCUCCUUUCAAUAAAAAGAAAUUUUGAAACA